AUGAAAAUCAUGCUUGCUCUAUUAGUAUCACUGCUGACCCUACACGGUUUUGUCACUGCUUCACCGCAUGAUAACGGAAAGAUUAAACAAGUUGGACCCGGCCAAUCCAUCCAAGCCGUCCUCAGUACAGCCAGUCCCGGCUCCACCAUCUUCGUGAAGCCUGGCACAUACUACGAACAGCUCACCAUCACUGCAAGCGGAAUCUCUCUCAUCGGAUCUGACGCUGUCCUCGUUCCUCCCAAAACCCCCACCUCAAACACCUGCACAGGUCUCGCCGGUAAUGACACCAGUGGUCUCCCAACGCAAGCCGGUAUCUGCGUUUCCGGCUCCGAUAUCCAACUCGGACCGUUUCCAGGCCAGGAACACCGCAAGGUGCUCUCCAUUGGCCACCCCAUCAAAGAUGUCCUGAUCAAAGGUUUUACGAUCAAGGGGUUUACGGGACAGAACAUCGCCUUCGUAGGUGCGAAGAACUGCCGGGCUACCAAGAAUGUUCUUGUCGACGGCGCCAACUACGGCUUCUUGAGCGACGGCUCGGAGAACACGGUCGCAGAUAAUAACGUCGUCACUUCGGAAGCAGUACCGCUCAAUUUCAUUGGCAUGUGCAUGGACGAUCAGGCAAAUCCACGCAUCGCGAGUAACAAUAUCUCGAAGUAUAUCAUCGCACUAUGCGUGCAGACGAAUGGCGCGAGGGUUCAAGAUAACAAGGUGCAUGAUAGCUGCGUUGGGGCCUUUGUUGAUCCAGGCGUCAAGGGCGCGAAGGUCGUUGGGAAUCAUAUCGAUGCCCUCAACCAAGCAUGCACCUUUGGAUUAGCAGCUGGCAUCAUCGUCAAUGGUGCGCAGAAUACCCUUGUCAAAGAAAACCAUGUGGAGGGGCAAAAGCUGGAGGAAGGGGCGGGGAUUGUUGUGGUAGACGACACGCCGAGUGGCAGUGUCGCAUCCGGAAAUGUUGUUAUCAAGAAUGUGUUGUGGGACAACGAUGUCGAUAUCUUUCUCAAUACCACGGGUAAAAAGAAUGUGUUUGCGAAGAACACAUGUGAGACUAGCGUACCGGCGGAACUUUGUGCGAGAGAAUAG